CGCACGGUCCGUGCACGGGACAGCAGGACGGGUAGUAGCAUACAGUCACCAUGGUUAUUCGUCUGCCUAACUUUUCUUCUGAAGAGUUCUACCACGCCCCCUAACGGGGAAAUGUGGCGGUCUCGUGGCGAACAGUGAGAUUCGCGCAUGCAACAAUGGCAGACGUCAUAUAACCCUGGAGAGACUCACCUCAAGUCGAGGGAUUUUCUGCACUUUAGGGCUCCGCUAGCGCUACACGGGCUAGGCAAGCGCCACACACUAUCGCUGCUUUUCUGUUGGACCCAGAAGGAUAAUGUUGAAUUUGUAGUGAGAAAACCGUUUGAUUUGCUGCUAUCUUGGGAGUUUUACUUUAUGGGUUAACUUUAAUCGAGCCGGUCAGCGUAUGGUUUAUCAGAUUGUACCAGCGGUGUGUGGAGUUCUGACCUGGAUUAUGCUGUGCAGGUGGAGUUUACUGUAGCAGUGUUGGGAGUUUACUGAUGUUUGCGGGUGAAGAGGAUUCGCAGAUUGUUCGUAACACCACUGUCCGGAGCAGAGAGACAUGUGGCCACUGAUGACUACAUUCCCUACAGGAGUGUUCUUUAUCUUAAGCAGUGUGUCUAGCCAAAUACUACAGCCUUCAGCAGUAUGUCCUGAGAUUAGACCGGGCGAGGAUGACCUUCCGGGUUUUGAUUUUAUAUCUAAGUUUUCGUUAGACAAUGAUGAUAUACGGGUACCGGGCGUCAAGAGGGUCAAAGGGUCAAAUGACUUCCAAGUAGCAUAUAAAAUCGGUAGAAGAGCAAAAUUACGGAAACGAACCACGGAUCUCUUUCCCCAGGGUCUCCCCGACCAGUUUUCAUUUGUUAGCACAUUUCGAAUGAGUGGCAAAACUCGGCGAGAUAGAUGGAAUUUAUUUCAAAUAAGGGAUAUUCAAGGCAAUCCACAAUUUGGAAUACGGCUGGACGGAAAACAGAAAACAAUAGAAUAUUAUUAUAUCAAUUUUGAAGGAAAAUUGACAACAUUAAAGUUUAAUAACAAAGCAAAGCAGCUAUUUAGCAAAGACUGGCAUAAAAUCCAUUUUAGUGUAGGUCGGGAAUAUGUGGAGUUUUAUCUCGACUGCAAGCCGAUAUCCUCCCAGCCUCUCAUACCCCCCAGACAGAUCGACGUGAAUGGAGAGAUCGUGUUGGGGACGAGGGAGCCGGAUGGUGGGACCGUGCCGUUCGAGCUGCAGUGGAUUAACCUACAUUGUGACCCCUCCAAGCCAGAACGAGAGCAGUGCGAUGAACUACCUCCCCCCAAAAAGAAGAUAAAACCUCCACCACCACCGAAACAGAGGAAGGCUAGCUGUGACAAGCCCUGCCCACGAGGACCUCCUGGUUUGAAUGGGACACAGGGUCCAGCAGGACCCCCAGGUCCAGCGGGUCCAAUAGGACCAGCAGGCGCUGACGGGAAGGAUGGACAGGACGGGAAGAUGGGGCAGAAGGGGGAGUCAGGGCGGGACGGAAAUCCCGGACAAUCAGGAAACCCCGGUACGCCAGGCAAGACAGGCAAAGAUGGGCAGAUUGGGCGGACAGGUCCCCCAGGACAGCGAGGAGCAGUAGGCCGCACGGGUCAGAGGGGAGCUACUGGCGAGGAAGGGCCACAGGGGAUGAAGGGCACAGCCGGAAAUACGGGCAAGACAGGAGGUAUAGGGCCUAUGGGACCCCCGGGCAAGUCGAUCGAGGGUGAGAUGGGUGCCCGCGGCGAGCAGGGAGAGCAGGGACUCCAGGGUCCGGAGGGGCCACGUGGUCGACCAGGGCCACGCGGACGAGGGGGACCCGGAGGGAAAAAGGGCGAGCCGGGGAAAACAGGAGCUGAUGGCGAGCAGGGAUCGAGAGGAUAUCCGGGAUCAGAGGGCGAUCCAGGAGUCCCAGGACCCCCCGGGCCCCCGGGGUUGCCAGGACAACCGGGUACUCCAGGUGAAAUCACAUCCAACGACAUAAAACCAGUGCCCGGUCCAGUGGGUCCCCAAGGUGUUCCCGGAUCGAGAGGCGAAAGAGGCCUUAAGGGGGCUAAAGGGGAACCCGGAACUGGGGGAUCCAAGGGCACGAAGGGCGAGCGGGGAAAUCGCGGUUCUCAAGGAAAGGAUGGUGCGGAUGGACUGACGGGUGAACAAGGGCGCACUGGAAAACAAGGAAUUCGCGGACCAAAGGGAGAGCGGGGAACUCCUGGCAACAGAGGGCGUAACGGUAUCCGAGGGCCCCCAGGACCCACGGUCGACCCCAUGGGCCCCCAGGGAGACCAGGGUCUACUAGGACAAAAAGGCAGCCGUGGCGACCCGGGUCCCCCAGGUCCCCCCGGGAUUCCCGGUCUGCUGUCGGAGCCGCAGGAGGGGAAAGCGGUAUGGGAGGAUCUAAUCAAGAAGUUUCAAGGGCCAGCAGGACUUCCGGGUGCGCGGGGAGUGCCGGGAGACAAGGGACCAAGGGGACAACGCGGAGUCGCUGGAACACCUGGAACAAAGGGCGAACCUGGCAUUCCUGGGGAUCCCGGACAACCAGGUGACAAGGGCUACAUCGGCCCCAAGGGAGAUGAAGGCGAGCGGGGGGAUGCUGGACCUACCGGAGCCGACGGCAGACCGGGUCCCGCAGGUGUACAGGGCAACCCAGGACUGCCAGGAGCCGAUGGAAUCAAGGGGGACCCAGGCGAGAGGGGUAGAGACGGAGGCAGAGGACCCCCCGGGACCGACGGCCGACCGGGCCCCCAAGGACCGCCUGGCCCCCCAGGACGUAGGAGGUGGCGGACCCCCCGCGGCCCCCCAGGGCCUCCGGGUAAUCCUGGACCUCCUGGCGAGAAAGGUAACACGAUUGAUCUCGAAGAGCUCCAGGGCUAUGUGGCGAACGGAUUCACUGGUGGGGGAGGAACCGGCCCCCCGGGACCAUCGGGACCUUCUGGACCUCCUGGAUCCGUCGGAAUGCCCGGUGAACGCGGCGCCCAAGGAGAGAGAGGUCCCCAGGGAGCGCAGGGACAGUCUGGGGUUCCAGGUUUGUCCGGACCCCCGGGACCCCCAGGGCCAAGAGGACUUCGAGGACAGUCAGGAAUGCCGGGAAUGCCGGGACUUCCGGGCCGCAGUAUAUCUGAGACGGAGAUGCGGGAACUAUGCAGCAUGGUACUGAGAGACCAACUAGAAGAUCUGAUUGCCGACCUUAGAGGCCCACCAGGUCUACCAGGAAUAGGGAAGAAGGGACGCCCAGGACCACCAGGACCCUAUGGACAACAGGGAGAACGCGGUCCCCCGGGCCCCCCAGGUGAACGGGGAUUUAUGGGGAUGCCAGGACUUCCCGGCGCGUCAGGGCCCCCCGGAUCUAUGGGCAAUAGAGGUCCAAAGGGAGAGCGAGGAUCCACCGGCCACGGCACGCAGGGAAAGCCAGGUCCCCCGGGACUGCCAGGUCCUACUGGUCCGACAGGCGAAGGGAUUAUGGGACGGCCGGGCGAGAGGGGGCCUCCUGGUAUAGGUGGUCAUCACGGCCGCCGUGGUAUCAUGGGUCCUCCAGGCCCCCCUGGAUACUGUGAAUACUGCAACUACGCCCUACCAGGACCCGAAUACAUCCGACUGCCGAGAAAUGACAUCAAGGGGCCUUAAAACUUUCAAACCCCCUGAUAAAAUGGUUUAAAUGUCCCGUCACCUGUAGCCAUUUAUCUUAGAUUCUCUCCAUCCUUAUUUCAUUUGAUACUCCCUCUCUGACUCACCUCCUCCUCUUCCUCAGAUUCCCCCGCUUUGUCUGUCCUCCACAAUACUACCUUCGUAUAUACAUAUGCAAAACCACCACCACUUGGACGCUGUAUUCAGGUGAAGUGUUCUCCACUAACAAGUGUGUUCCUAACUUGUAUUUGAAGCAUAAUUAAAUAUUUCUGACCUUUCUACCUGCACUAGUCAUCACCAUAGCAUAGAUCUCCCCAUUUGUUGGAUUAUAUAUAAACCUGAUGGUCCACUGGCCAUGUAUCCCGACAUCGUAAUGUUCUGCCGCAUAAGGCUCCGGCCAUUGCGGGGUAUGUGAGCAGUUUACCGUUGUGGUCCUCCUGCAUGUAGGCCCGAAACGGGUUACCUCCCCUUCUUUAGUUGUUGCGAUUUACGCUACAGGCUGACGCAGGUUUGAGAUGUUUUGGGAGCUUUUUAUGAUGUCAUUUCUUCAUGCCAUCCAAGCAAAGUGUCUGUGUUAGAGGAUCAGCAAGAAAGAGUGACAGGAUCUUAGUAUCCCGCCAUGUGUCACGUGACGAUUUGGUGACGAUCGGAUGACAUGUUUGGGUCCCGCCAUACACUGAAGGCCUUGCAGGCGUAUCAUGUGAUAUCUUCAUCUGCCCUCAUCCAAUAUAUUACAGACACGUCAUAGUACAGAACAGAGCUCUCUCGUGGUUGGUUUCAGCGUAUAUCAGGUGGUAUUCAGUCCAAUAUGAUUGGUUGUUUGUACACCACAUGAUAGUUAUCAUUCAUGACUCGUGUGGAGAUUUAGAGAGCGAAGGCCAAGUUGAGACUAUGUGCGUGCUUUGGACAAUGUGUUUUCUUUGGUGCUAUUGAACUAUUGGUCGCGUUUGGCCUUCUGAAACUUACACAGAACCAUUUUACCUCCGUACUGCUAUCAAGAGGCAAUAACACAGACUGGGAGUUGUUCUAUUGCUGACUUCCGGUCACGUGUCCAUCGUGGCCGCCAAGGCCCUGAUAGGGCUUCACACGUUACAUUGUAUUCAAGACACUCACCUUACGACCUCACAACUGCAUUUUCCAAACUUGCAUAUGGGUGAUAUUGUUUCAACUAGCUACAUGACAACUACUCAUGAACAUCAGAACACCUGUGAACUUCCAAAGAAACACUGCCAAAGAAUUUACAUCACAUAAUUCUGAAACGAGGUAAAUUAUCCAUAAUUCGUUGUAUACAUUGAAUUUAUUCUUAGAAUUUCUUUCUUGAAUUCUUUGCGUGUUUCUUGUUGUGUUAAAUCUCGUUAAUACUUGUAUGCACAUUUCAAAGCAUUUAUUGUGUAAUUUAAACACAACUACUGUUAUCAUAGGCUACUUCAUAUUGCCACCUCGUCACGUUAGCCACGCUUCUGUAGAGUACAGCAGGCCUUAGGUAUUCAAAGUCUGCUAAUCUUAGAGUAUGUAUUCAAACAUAGACGUAAGUGCAAAUUGUAUUUGUGACAGCUGCUCUAGAUUUUCGUUUUGUAUAUUUACAUCCACUGGAAGAUAAGAUCUCUUUAGGUAAUAAAUUACUUACUUCUU